AUGGUAUCAAGUGUUAAGGUAAAUAGAGGGUUUACAUGUGGUAGUUGUACACUGGGUCUAACAGGAGAUGGUAUCAAGUGUUACGAUGUGGAUGAGUGUGUCGAGGGAUCACCAUGUGACCACACUUGCACUAACACACUUGAAAGUUACCAAUGUAGCUGUUAUGAAGGAUACGAACUCCAGCCUGAUGGUAAAACAUGUAUAGAUGUCAACGAAUGCGAUCAAGGUAUACACAAAUGUCAUACAGAUGCGAUAUGUACUAACACUCAAGGAAGUUAUAAUUGCACUUGUAAAACAGGAUUUUCAGGAAAUGGAUAUAACUGUACAGAUGAUGACGAGUGUUUGGUUAUACCGCCACCAUGUGACAGGAAUGCUGAGUGUGAAAAUACUCUUGGUUUCUACAAAUGCACCUGCAACUCUGGUUUUGAAGGCAGUGGUGUUGAUUGCACAGAUAUCGAUGAAUGUGAUCGUCUUAUGCAUGACUGUGAUUCAUAUCUGGAGUAUUGUAUUAACGUUCCUGGUACUUAUCAAUGCCAAUGUAUCGUUGGAUACGAAGAAACUGACGGUGUUUGUACAGAUGUAGACGAGUGUCUUGACGCUAAUGAUAACACAUGUGACGUUCAAGCCGAGUGCUUAAAUACAGAAGGGAGUUACAUAUGUCAAUGUCACAACGGAUAUGUUGGGGAUGGUCACUCCUGUACAGACACAGAUGAGUGUGCUACUGGAGAAGAUAGUUGUCACCCGAACGCACAGUGCAUCAACACCCAAGGAUCUUACACAUGCCACUGUAACGAUGGAUUCAGUGGAACCGGAAUUGAAUGUACAGACGUCGACGAAUGUGCUGACAAUAUCCAUAACUGUCAUUUGAAUGCUUACUGUACAAAUACACAAGGUUCAUAUGUAUGCACAUGUCAAAGUGGUUUUACAGGAAAUGGUGUCACGUGUUCUGACAUCAACGAGUGCUCGUUUCGUGAAAUACCUGAGUGUAACAAGGAAUUGGGUACAUGUAUAAAUACAGUUGGUAGCUACGGAUGUAAGUGUAAAACAGGGUACGAAGGAGAUGGAAUCAACUGCACAGAUAUAAACGAAUGUCUUAAUGAUACAAUAAAUGGAUGUCAACAUAACUGUACAAAUAGGAUGGGAGGUUACACGUGUUCGUGUCAUAAUGGUUACAGUCUGGACGUGAAUGGACUGACAUGCACAGACAACGAUGAGUGUUUCCUUGGUACUCAUGAUUGCACACAAGAGUGCAUCAACACUGAACCCAACAAUACUUUCACAGAUGGUUAUAUAUGUGACUGCUAUGAUGGUUUUACAAUGAUAGAUGGAAUAUGUCAACCAAACGAGAAUUGUACAGUUACUGUGUGUGUGAAUGGUAUGUGCUCUAUCAAUGGGACAAGUGAAACGUGUUACUGUAACAGUGGAUAUAAUGCUUUUAAUGAAACGUAUUGCGAUGAUAUCGAUGAAUGUGAGAUCGAUGGAGACCAUUGUGAACACAAUUGCACAAACACAGAACCUGAUUAUAUUUGUACAUGUGACGAUGGUUACAUACUGAACUCUGAUCAUCGUACCUGUACAGACGUAAAUGAGUGCCUGGGAUCGAAUGAAUGUGACAUUCAUGCCGGUUGUACCAAUACAGAAGGAUCACAUACUUGUGAAUGUCUGCCAGGAUUCACCGGUGAUGGUCGAAUAUGCACCGAUAUAGAUGAAUGUCAAAAUAGUGAAGAGACAGAAUGCCACAUUAAUGCUAACUGUAUUAAUACUGCUGGGUCUUAUCACUGUCAGUGUAAAGCGGGUUAUGUUGGAAAUGGGAUAAAUUGUCAAGAUGAGGACGAAUGUGAAUCUGAAAACGACUGUGAUACAACUUCUACAUGCAAUAACACUAUUGGUAGUUAUAUAUGUACGUGUAAUGAUGGUUACCGUGGUGAUGGAAAGACUUGCAAUGAUAUUGACGAAUGUCAGGAAAAUUUACAUAAUUGUGACAUCAAUGCCAGAUGUAAAAACAUUAAUGGAUCAUUUAUUUGUGAAUGUUUGCCUGGAUAUAGUGGAACCGGAGUAGAUUGCACAGAUAUAAAUGAGUGUUAUUUGGGAACCCAUGAAUGUCAUAAAUAUGCGUCCUGUGAAAAUAACGAAGGCUCUUAUACAUGUAAAUGUAAUGAUGGUUUUAAUGGUGCAGGACGUGAAUGUGAAG